AUGGCGGCCGAGCUGGAGUCUUCCCUGGAGCUGAGCUUCACGGGCAGCGGCACGGUGCCGGGCGGCGGGCUGCCCCCCGCGCGCUCCCGCAUCUUCAAGAUCAUCGUCAUCGGCGACUCCAACGUGGGCAAGACGUGCCUCACCUACCGCUUCUGCGCCGGCCGUUUCCCGCAGCGCACCGAGGCCACCAUCGGCGUGGACUUCCGCGAGCGCGCCGUCACCAUCGACGGGGAGCGCAUCAAGAUCCAGCUAUGGGAUACGGCGGGCCAGGAGCGCUUCAGGAAGAGCAUGGUGCAGCACUAUUACAGGAACGUCCACGCGGUCGUGUUUGUGUACGAUAUGACCAACAUCGCCAGCUUUCACAGUCUGCCCUCGUGGAUAGAGGAAUGCAAACAACACCUCCUUGCCAGCGAUAUACCACGGAUUCUUGUUGGCAAUAAAUGCGACCUGCGAAAUGCUAUUCAGGUACCCACGGACUUGGCUCAGAAGUUUGCCGAUACGCACAGCAUGCCGUUAUUCGAAACCUCUGCCAAAAACCCCAAUGACAAUGACCACGUGGAGGCCAUAUUUAUGACGCUGGCUCACAAGCUUAAAAGUCACAAGCCAUUAAUGCUAAGUCAACCCCCAGAUCGCGAUCAAAUACACAUAAAGCCCGAACCGAAACCCGCCGUGACCUGCUGGUGUUAAGUGUCACUAUUUGUUGCUGCCACCUCGUGCCCUGUGCGAACGCUCCCAGGUUACGAUCUCGACGUAGAUCAAGGGUUUGGUAGCAAUUAUAGCAAGUCCCUGUGGCACUUUACUGUGUCGUUUGGUUUUUUUUCUGGUGUAGAUGUGCCCCUCUCAUUUUCUCGCGCUUCCUUAUUCCACUUUCUGAAUUACUGAAGUUCCACUAUAAAAAUGCAGGAAAGUAACCUUUCGGAUGAAGUGUUAACAAAGCAAGUCUUGUUAAGCUCUGGCUCUCCGAGAUCGUUUUUGUCACUCGUGGCAGAGUAAAAGUAGUAAAACAGAGUUAAACAAAGUAGUAAGAGGGUUUACUGAUGUGUUCGGUUGCUGCCUGCGUUGGGAUAACGUAGGAGGAGAAGUGUUUAGGGACGGCCAGGUAGCUCGACGAGCAGAUCAGCAGGUGGCGAGGUUUGUGACGCGCGAGGGAGUAUCGGGUGCCUGCUAGCAAACUGAGAAGCGAGGCCCUGUUCUUCCUCUUUAAGUAAACAUUUUAAAAGCAGACUGGACCAUCAGACUAAGGGAGAGCCGUCGGUGCAGGCCUUUGUGACCUGACUAAGAUUUAAAUCUUCAAUGAGGAUUGGCUUGUAAAUGUGCCGUAUUUGAGUCGAGCGAGCCAGGGUAAGUGUAAGCACUUGCAAUUGAAAUAAAAAUAGGUGUGCAUUUAUCCACGGCGUACUGGGGCUUUCCAAGACGCAGCUUUUAGAGGAUGCUCCUGCUGAUAAAUGCUUUUAAAAUAUCUUGGAAAAGACAGCUUUUUACAAGGCAACGUGGUCACUUGCUUUAGGGACGAGGACGCCUAGGACAGGCCCUUCCUUCGGGUGCCCCUUUCGAUGCGCGAAGUUGUGCCUUACGUAUUGGAAACUGGAAAUAGGAAGGCCAGGUCAGAAGCUGCCAGCCCAGUGAUGGCUGGAAACAAAGUACUGAAACAAAGUAGCUCAUAUGUUGUGAGCUAUGGAAAUUGUGUCACUGAAGUGCAAGUUACACCCAUACAAGCGAAAAUGUGUCUUCUCUUUUCUAGAUUUAGAAAAGCAUUGCAUUUGGCCUAUUAAGCUUAGAGUGUUUAAAAAGUGUCUGCGCAGAUAAUAUUAUUCCUGUCCAAAUGAAGCUGCUACGGUUCUGACUGCAAUGUUGUUAAUGCAACGUGUGUUCAAGGGAACUUCAGUGUUUGCUCUGAUCCUUAGGUGACCGGGCUUACGGUGCUCUUUCAGCAGCGAUCAGCUUGUUGAAAUUAGCGUCCUUAAUGGUUUGGGUUUUUUUGUUUUUUGUUUUUUGUUUUUUUUCUGUUUUAUUUUUAACAAGGAGCAACCUGAAAUUUAUAUGUGUAGCACUAUAAAUGAACCAUUUAUUUUUCACUCACGUCCUGAAUGCUUUUUCUCCAAAGGAUCCGUCUUAACUGGAAUGUUAGUAUCUGAACUUGUGUGUUAGUAAGCGCGUCAGCAAACACUCUUUUGUUGUCGUUGUCUUUUGUGUUUGAAUUGAUGUGAGCGAAGCAGAUCGCACAGAAUGAAGCGUUCCGAAGUCAGGCUGGGGUCUGAGGUAAGGCAGCCAUGGAGAUACAGCGCCGAUGUGAAAGGGGACGUCGGACAUCUGCAGAUCUGUUGCGCUCUGAGGCGUUCGCAACCUGUACAUAAGGGUUCUCACGCUGUUCAGAAGGCGUGGAAACAAACGAUGCUUUCAGUAUGUAAUCUUGUCUUGAGCACACAGCAUGUUUUAAUGGUUCUGCCUUGAAGAUAUUGUGAGCAUUCGGGCAUCGGUGCGCUUCCUGGCUGUCAGUCAUAGCGUUCUACCCACAGAAUCGAUGUGAACAGCACCGAACGCUUUGUAUGCGUAUUUUCACCUUAUCCGACUGUAACUUUGCAUUGUUUCGUAUGUGUUGGGGAAGGGUAAAACACAGUGCCAGAAACUUAACAACUGGCAUUGCCGCAGACUAUUUUCACUUGUUUUCACUAAAACGGCGAUAACGUUUCUCUUGUUAAAAUCCACAAUAAACUGUGAUAAAGGGAG